UCCCUUCAGCAACUCGUGGAACCAUUGCUCGCACAAUACCCUCUAUACCCUCUCGUCUUCCCCAGUCGACCCCGGAUUUGACCCCACCGGUCGCGCUGGAGUAACAGCACCAGCCACACAUCGCGCGUCCCACGUCCCGACCACUGCUCCCAGCGUACCUGCAUGCGCUCAACAUUGCUUGCAUACGUUAUCGGCUUCAUGUGUGUAUUGCGCAAGCCAGCCAACAUCGCCAACCACCAUCGCCGUCGUGCCGAGCGCACAUGCGACGUCAUCUCCCACCGUCCAAUCAACUUCUCGCUUCAGCCCACGUGCAAAAUUUGAACUGCGCGAGCUCCAUCCCGAAUCCGCUACAUUCGCUAUCAUGAAGUGGGGGCAAGCUUUCAAGACGGCUCUUCGAAAUGAAGGCUUUCCGCCCGAAUGGAUCGAAUCCGCCAUCUCAUAUAGUCAGCUCAAGAAAUGCAUCAACAGGUUGACCGAGGAGCUCAAGCAGAUGGGCUUGGACCCCGCCACCCUGGGCAAACUGCUCAAGCAUGUCGAGGACUACAACGCCUCGACCCAGACCGAUCUGAACCAUAGGCCCUUCGAAUACAUCCUUUCCGAUGGCUCCGACUCCAAGAAGACCUUCCAUCCCAAACUGCUCUUUUACGUCGAUGAAGCCACAGGCGGUCUGCACGGCGCAGCCCUCGAUGCUGAAACUAGAGAGAAACUGCAGAUGCUGGCUCUCGAGACUGGCAUCUCCGAUUUGAAAGUCGUCCAAGUUCCUGACCAUGGAGUCCUUGAAGAGCCCGUGCCAGUCGACUCUCCUCAAUCAGAACAAACAAACAUGUCCCACUCUCCGCGUCCUGCAUUCCGUACCGUUGAAAUCCCACUCACGUCUGACACCGAAUUCUUCACUACGCUAACCAAGCAACUCUCGGGCCUCGAGGCGCUGGAAAGCAAAGAAGAGAAGAGGAUGCACAAUGAGAUUGAACAUCUUGGGAGGCAGAUCGCCCGUUUGACAGAUCCCGACCGGAAAGCCAAUAAAAAAUUACUUGCCGUAUGGCGCCAGAUCUUUCAAACAUAUGUCGAACAGGAUAUUUUCUUCGGCGCUACCGAGCGAGAUCACGCCGCACGUGAUGCCGCCAAAGCCACUCUGCGCUUCGAGGAAUUCUGCACCAAGAUCGCUCAGACGGGACUUGUGGACAAGAUCAGAAAGAAAGAGGGUGCGCAGGCCCUCAACAUGUUUAUGCACAUCAAUCGUGAGAUUCUCCAAGGCCUGCGUUUUGGGGAAAUCAAUCACACUGCCAUGACCAAGAUCUUGAAAAAAUUCGACAAGCGCACUGCCCUCGGUGUCAAAUCUACUGUUCCGUCCACCAUCUCGUACCCCCAAUUCUCCCAACAACUCGCCAAAGCCGUCUGUGCAGAGGUCAACACACAGAUCCUUUCCCACGUUCCACAGUUCGAUGACUACAGUUGCCCCAUGUGUAUGGACUUGAAGUGGAGACCCGUGAAACUAGCGUGUGGGCACACUUUCUGCAUCAGGUGCCUCAUAGUCAUGCAGACAAAUAAGCAGAACCGCUGUCCGCUUUGCAGAGAAAUCACGGUAUCUGGGGCGAAUUCCGAUAAUUUGGAUGAGGAACUUGCCGCUUUCCUCAAGAAGUGGUUUCCAGAGGAGGUAAAAGCAAAGCAGAACUACAACGAGCUUAUGGCGGGUGUCGAUGCAUACGGCGAAGUUUACACCAGGGAGAAAUGCAUCGUCAUGUGA